AUGUCUGAAUCAUCCCGAAUUUUCAUACUAGGUCUUGGCAGCAUUGGAUGCUUCAUUGCCCACUCACUGCAAUCUCUUCCAAACCCCCCUCCGGUGACACUGCUCGUUCAUCGCGAAAGUCUACUUCAGGAGUACGCGUCAAACGACUAUAAAAUCAGUCUUCAAGUGGGAGAGGACGGUAUAUCACAAAGGCAAGGCCCAUUUGACUGCGAGUUGAUCGACGACUCUAGCUCUGGGAUUCCAAUCGAUCAUUUAAUUGUCUGUGUCAAGGCACCCGCGACAGCCUCUGCCCUCGACCCGAUCAAACAUCGAAUCGGAAAGCAUUCCACUGUAUGCUUUUUCCAAAAUGGCAUGGGUCAGAUCGAGCGUUUAAACCAGCGGGUCUUCCAGACACCGUCCGAAAGGCCGAGGUACCUCUUUGGCAUCGUGCGCCAUGGCGUGUAUUUGAAGUCUGCGACUGAGGCCGUGUUAUCCGGACUCAACGGAUGCGCUGAGAUCGGCAAGAUCCCCUCGCCUGACUUGGCCUUGACUCCAGGGGAUUCCGAAUUUUUAUUAAAUAAUCUGCUGCAAGCACCAACCCUUCGAUGUACAAAGCAGGAGUGGACAGACCUCCUCCAGGUUCAACUUUUGAAGCUGGCCGCCAACUGCGUCCUCAACCCCUUGACGGCAAUAUUGAAUGUUCGCAACGGCGCGAUCAAAAAGAACCGGGAAGUUGAACCGCUCUAUCGCAACCUGUUGAAAGAGAUUUCAACGGUUUUCGCAAACCUACCAGAACUACAGGCUUUGUCCCACGAUCCAACUCGCUUCUCAGCCGAUGCACUAGAGACUUCCAUGUUAGACACGGUGGAUAAGACCGCUGGUAACUCGAGCAGCAUGCGCGAGGAUAUUCUCAAGGGACGUGGCACGGAGAUUGAAUACAUGAACGGUUGGAUCGUUGAUCGUGGUGAAGAAUUGGGAAUUCAAUGUCCCACGAACGCGUGUUUGACACAAUUGAUUCUAGCAAAAAGCUCUGUAAGAGCCUCUGGUUCUUCGCCAUCGACCACCAACCUCUCUUGGGGGAUGGUUGGCAAGAUCAUCGAAACGGCUGGAAAGCUGCGGCGCGUCAUACCAGACCGCGCGUUUAAUAUAUUGAUAAGCCCACGAGGACAUGGGCAAUUGGGCCGGCCGGUCGAAUUCGAUAAUCAAGGUUUCGACUUAGACCGGAUUGACAUUCCUUUAUACUUUACUGCACUGGCUGCCCUUUCUUUCUAUUUGCCAUCGCUGCUUCGUUACAUUCUAGGUAAUGUCGCUCCAACGUUAUUGAUUCUCGAGGCCCCCCUGCAAGGGAAGGCUGCAGCGGAAGAGGCCGGAGAAAUGCAGCGACGAUCCACUUUCAGGAACGUUAGAGAGACGUUUCGCCUGAUUCGCAAAGCUCAGGGUUUGUACUUCAUCCGUGAAUUGAUGGUGGGUUACCUCUAUUCAUUGACAGAGAUUUCUAUCGCCACACUCCUCCAGUGGUAUCUUUUUCGGACUGAAGUGCUGAGGCCACUGGCCUUCGCCAUUUCCUGCGGGCUCCUGUGUGAAUUCCACCUACUGUUCAUGUACACAACUAUCUCGGGCCAGCCGAUUUCGUUCAAGGCUGUUCUAAAGAGGACACCUGGCCAACACCGCUGGAAACGACUUGUUGUUCCUGCCUUGGUGUACGGGUUUGCGGAGACCACCAUGACCCAAAUCUGCGAUUUCGUGACUAUCGCAGUGCUGGGCCCCAAACAAGCUCCUGGAAGCUCGCGGGCCGGUGCAGAGGUUUUGGCAGUGGUGCUUACGCUUGCAUUUCGCUUGCUCGUGCUCCUCCCGGCCCAGAUCGCGCGGACUCUGGCAGAGGCGGCGUUUCUGGCCCCUCAUCUUGAAACGAUCAUUCCUUCCCCAACCAAGUUCCGGGGACUGAAGAUCGGGGAGCUGGUCAGUGGGGAUAAACCAUCAACUGGGUUUGCGGCAUUGACCGAUGUCUUCAAGCCUGUUGGAAAAUCCAAGUACUUGUGGCUCGUCGAACUUCAUCUCAAGAAAUGCUUUCUUCAGAUCGUCCUUGAGGCUGUUUUUCUGUUUCUGUGUAUUUUGGCACUUGCACAUAUGUCAUAG